GUGAGCUAGAAGAGAAAUAACAGCAUACAGAAGGAGAUUAAGAUGACCCAGCUUUCUUCAUCCGAAGUCGUGCUGAAGAACACAGCUGUGGCUGUUAUUGUUCCAUUGAAAAAUGGCAUCUCCUCCCUGAACAGAGUCUACAAGGCCCUGAUUAAGGCACAUGUAGAUCCUGUUACUGGGCAAUGCUCCAAGUACAACUACAUCAGACAGCAGAUAGUGCAGGCUCAUCAGCACCUGGAGAAGUCGGAACAGACAGCCAGUUCAGGGUUAAAGAUUCUGGAUGAAAGUUUAGAGAGACUUACACAAGUUGAGGGAAAACUCCAAUGUGAGAUGAAUGAUACAAAACAAACCUUAGAGAACUUGAGAACAGAGCAGGAAUCUAAUGAAAAAUUACACAGGGACUCUCAGGGAGCUCUGGAGCAGGCUAGGACAAAUCUUAAUUCAACAAAACAGACACUUCAGGAUCAGGAAAGCAGGAAACAAACUGCUCAAAUUGUCACAGGUGUUGGGGCGGGGCUGUUAGUUAUACCAAUCGUUGGAUGGAUUGCAGGUUCUGCCAUGCUGAUUGGUGGUGUCAUUGAAAUGGAUCAAGCAGCACGUGCUAUCAGAGUGGCUGAAGAGGAAGUGGAGAAGUCUGAGACUGAAGUGGAAGAAUACGAACAUAAAGUAUCUGACUACGAGUCUAAGAUUUCCCAGACCAAACGUGACAUCAGACAGAAAGAUGACAAGCUGAAACACACACGUGAAGAAAUCCAGAAGGUGAAUAAGCAGAUCGAGUCUGUAGCUGAUUUCCAGCAGAAAGUGAGAAGAGCUAUCCACCUCCUGGGUGCUCUGAGCGGGAGGGUCAGCGUGGCUGAACAUCAGACUCGCAGAUUCAUCCUCCAGGAGCCUGUGAUGAAGGUGAUGGAGGAUGUGAUGAUGGCCACAGAGCAAAUCACAGGGAAUGAGCCCCUCUAUGACAAUAACCUGCCAAGGCUCAUCAAUCAGCUGAAAGAGAACAGCCAACGACUGGCAGCCAUCUGUGCCUCGGAGACCCGCCCUAAGAAUAACACCACUUUACGCUGGUUAUGUUGUUUUAAACAGACAGUCACUGAAUAAUGGAUAUUCUGUGAAUUCUUCUAUCAGUAUAAUCUUGCGUUACUUCACAAAACUGCAUGUCAGAUUUUCGUACAAAUAAAUUAUUAAAAAAAAGCAGUGGUUCUUUUUCAUAGAAAAUAUGUUUAAACUUAUAGUACAUGAUGCCUAUAAGACUAAAUUGUAGACAGCAGGCUUACUUUACUCUUGUUUAUGCUGAAAGAGUCAUUUGCAUUAAAAACCAUUAAAUAUGAGCACAAAAUAAAUACACUAAAAAGA